CUCGCCGUGCGCGUGCGCCCGCCGGAAACGUCCGGACGCCGUCAGUGGGCGCCUGUGUGCGCGCGGGAAGAUGGCCGAGCAGGUGACCAAGUCGGUGCUGUUCGUGUGUCUGGGUAACAUUUGUCGCUCACCCAUCGCGGAAGCGGUUUUCAGGAAACUUGUAACUGAUCAAAACGUUUCAGAUAAGUGGAGGAUAGACAGUGCGGCGACGUCCACGUAUGAAAUAGGAAACCCUCCUGAUCACCGGGGGCAGGCUUGCAUGAAGAAGCACGGGGUCCCAAUGAACCACGUGGCCCGGCAGGUACCGCACUGGAACUUGAAGGUUACCAGAGAAGACUUUGUCACCUUUGAUUAUAUACUCUGUAUGGAUGAGAGCAACCUGAGAGAUUUGAAUAGAAAAAGUAAUCAAGUUAAAAACUGCAAAGCAAAAAUAGAACUACUUGGGAGCUACGACCCACAGAAGCAGCUGAUUAUCGAAGACCCCUAUUAUGGCAACGACUCUGACUUCGAGACCGUCUACCAGCAGUGUCUGAGGUGCUGCAGGGCCUUCCUGGAGAAGGUUCGCUGACCGGUUCUGCUCCUGCGGGUCCCAGGCUCGUCUCCCACCCGCAGUCCCAGCUACGUGUCACCGUGUAACCGUGCCGCUGGCUCAAGGCCACAGCCCUUCUUCCUUCAGUUGACUGUUUCUUACCUUAAAAAAUAAUUGUAGAUGAAAAUCGGUUGUUGUGUUUGGUGGAAAAAUAAAUAAAAUUUCUGAUUCAGACAGUU